CUGAACGUGAAAACCUUAAAGCAGCCGCUGGCGGUUGCGCUGCUUGUGUCUAUGCUGGCGGUCUGCGCUGGCGCUGCAUCAGUUAGCCCUCAAUUUCCGAGGAGUUCCCUGCACCGAGGAAAUCCAGGUAGCGUCCAGCACGUAAAGCAUGCAAAUUCUGAAGAAGAACAGGCCGGAAAUGUACCAGCUGCUAUCUCUGGAUCUCUGCAAAUAGAUCAGGCUGGGAAUAGACAGCAUGGUCAUGGUGGAAAUAUGAACCUAGGACACAUCGGGAACCUACAUGAAGGAUAUGCCGGAAACCUGCACAUCGGGCAAGUUGUGAAUCAUCACGAAGGAUAUGUCGAAAAUCUGCACAAAAGACAUGCCUUAAAUCUACACGAAGGAAAUCUGCAAGAAGGACAUGUCGGAAAUCUACACGAAGGAAAUUUGCAAGAAGGACAUGUCGGAAAUCUACACGAAGGAAAUUUGCAGGAAGGACAUGUCGGAAAUUUACUCGAAGGAUUCGCUGGAAAUCACCCAAGUGAUAAACCAGAGACCCAAACUAACAAGUUUCCCGACCAUUUCAACGAAGUUGCUGAAGGCGAAACUGAAUAUCAUCAUCCUAAUUUACUCAGGGUGACCGGGAACGAAAAUAAAACCAGCGAUGGUCAAUCUAGCAAAGAAUCGUUCCUUGGUGAGAAAUCUGAUUUUGAACGAAGGCAUUAUGACUCCGCCAAGAUACACCAGGGGAAGAAAAAAAGUGGAGCAGAAGAUGGAAGCACUGGCGGUGAUGGUCAGAAACAAAUUCCAGACCUCCAAGAAGAUGGGGGGCCUGCUGCUGGGAAGAUCGUGGUCUCUCGAACUGAAGGAAAAUUGGCCCGCGAGAAUGACGCAGACAUCGUGGCUACUAAACGCAACAAGCGCAGCUACGGUGAUUCUUACUUGCAGAGCAUCGGUUAUGAUCCUAUGAUGGCAUGGGGCGCUAAAAGAUACGACGAUCAAUUUAUGCAAACUUUGGAUGAUGGCCCUUCAAUGACAUGGAACAACAAACAAUUCGACGACCAGGAUAUUGGAGGCAAUGGGUAUUAUCUUGACGUGCAUUCAGGACAACAAUUAGGCAGCUCCGUAGACGACAAUUCCAGUCCAGUCUUCGAAAAUUUCAUUAAUAGGGAGAAACGAAAUAAUCAAGCAGUUACUGGGAGCGAGGAAACAUUUAAUGAAGAUGUUGUAGUUCCAGGCAUGUUUGUUAAGAACUUAAAUCUUGAACCAAUCAUCACUAAACGGUCCUUAAGGCCUCGUAUGUUCAUAGGAGUAGAUGACUACAAGCGAUCGCCCAGUGAGAUGGGACCUCGAGGAUUCCACGAAGGAAUUUUUAAUGAUCAUUUCGGGUAUUUUUCUCCAGUCAAAAGGAAUAAACGAAGCGUAGGGGAACAAUUGCCGUCUGUAAUUAAGACCGAAUCUAAAUCAGAAAGUUUGUUCAAUGGUCUUAAAGAUAUUCCCACAAAACGGAAAUUUGGCAUGGAUGCCCAAGGGUUUUAUAGUGACACUUUCUCUGGCGGCUUCGGUGAUUUUGGAACGAUGAAAAAACGUUAUAAUGACAUGACCUCAAGCGGCUUCUACGGUGAUACUUUUUCUGGCGGUUUUGGUGAUUUUGGCACAAUGAAAAAGCGAUACAGUGACAUGACUUCAAGCGGGUUCCAUGGAGACACUUUCUCUGGGGGCUUCGGCGAUUUCGGCACCAUGAAGAAGCGAUAUCUCGGUAUGACAUCACAUGGCUUUCAUGGAGAUACCUUUUCUGGAGGCUUUGGGGAUUUCGGUACAAUGAAGAAACGAUACCUCGGGAUGACUUCACAUGGGUUUCAUGGAGAUACCUUCUCUGGUGGUUUCGGCGACUUCGGCACCAUGAAGAAAAGGUUUCCGGCGCUGACCCCAGACGAACACCGCAGAGCAUAUUUCAACAACCGCCUGGCAGCCUUGUUCAAUAACUCAGAAAUGUCACAAGGAAGUCGUAAGAAUUCUCAGAACAGAAAUAUACUUACUCCUGGAUCUCAAAUAGUGCGUUCCGACAAACCCAAUCUUACAGACGGAGAACAACUUCAGAGAUAAAUUCAUCCUUGGAUUCUCUACGGUGGCGUCAGGUCAGAAGAGAACUGAUUUUUAACCGGCGUCGGAAUGUUAUUGAAAAUUGGUUGAUGGAAAAUUGUUGCUAAAAUUUGUAUGACAGCGCAAUGCAUCUUGAUGCAUGAUGGAAUAAAUGCAAAAAAGGCCAGGAAUUUACAUUCCUGACGGAUUGAUCUCAUUCAAAGUUGGACCAAUGACACGAAUCUCACUUUCUCUAUUUCUCCUGCUCGUGUGACUUUUAUAGUGAAUGGCUUCUUUAUCUUCUGAUUACACUUCAAUCUUAUAUAUCAAUCAUCAUGCCAUUUAAUGAUGACUUGAAUUGCGAACACAAUGAUUUUACCUGCUCCUUCUCUUAAGAUCCUAUUAAUUGAAAAUACUCCCGAACAUAUGCAUAAUGUAUUCCUUGUGGUGUGAAACGCAAUCAAAAGUGGCAUCUUCAGAUAACAAUCUUGUUGAUAACAUGACACGAGCUCAGUACUAAAAAAAAUAUU